UUUUCUCCACGCUGUUUACCCCAGGUACAGCGAAUCUUGAAUUUUCCUUCCCUGCUCUGUUCGUCUUAUUAAAUCAUGGAGAAAAAAGGCUCAAACCCCACCGGAAAGAAACCGAAACCACCGAAGACGACAGACGACGCCGACCCCGUCAAAAGCUUCGAGAGAUGGAAGAAAAAAUACAGCAAGACGAAGGCACGGGUGAAGCGAGAGAGAGUCCAGAAGAAGAAGCCCGAGUGGCAAGUGGAGAAGGAGUACAUCGACCGGUUGGUCAGCAGGUACGGAGACAUCAACAUCAAAGAGGCUGUCAAGUUCUCCGACUUCCCCAUCUCCAAGAAGACCCUGCUGGGCCUGCAGGGGGCUCAGUACCGGCAGCCCACGGAGAUCCAGAGGCAGACCAUCGGCUUCGCUCUGCAGGGGAAAGACGUCCUGGGAGCGGCCAAGACCGGCUCCGGAAAGACUUUAGCCUUCCUCGUCCCAGUCCUGGAGUGUCUGUACCGCCAGCAGUGGAGCUCCAUGGACGGCCUCGGUGCUCUCAUCAUUUCCCCCACCAGAGAGCUCGCCUACCAGACCUUCGAGGUGCUCCGCAAGGUGGGCAAGAACCACGAGUUCUCCGCGGGGCUCAUCAUCGGCGGGAAGGAUCUGAAGAGCGAGUCUGAGAGGAUCCACUGCACCAACAUCGUCAUCUGCACCCCGGGCCGGCUGCUGCAGCACAUGGACGAGACGGCCACCUUCCACGCCUCCGACCUGCACAUGCUGGUCCUGGAUGAGGCAGAUCGCAUCCUGGACAUGGGCUUUGCAGACACUCUCAAUGCCAUUGUGGAGAACCUUCCCAAGUCCAGACAGACGCUGCUGUUCUCCGCCACGCAGACUAAGUCAGUGAAAGACCUGGCCCGGCUCAGCCUCAAAGAUCCAGAGUAUGUGUGGGUUCAUGAGAAGGCCAAGUUUAGCACACCAGCCACCCUGGAGCAGAGCUAUGUGGUGUGUGAGCUCCACCAGAAGGUCAACAUGCUCUACUCUUUCAUCAAGAGCCACCUGAAGAAGAAGGUCAUCGUCUUCUUCGCCUGCUGCAAGGAGGUGCAGUACCUGUUCAGGGUGUUCUGCCGCCUCAGACCUGGCAUGCCCCUCCUGGCCUUGCAUGGCAAGCAGCAGCAGAUGAAGAGGGUGGAGGUCUACAAUGAUUUUCUGAAGAAGCAGAACGCUGUGCUCUUUGCCACAGACAUCGCCGCCAGAGGCCUGGACUUCCCCGCUGUCAACUGGGUGCUGCAGUUCGACUGUCCAGAGGACGCAGACACCUACAUCCACAGGGUGGGCCGGACUGCCAGGUACAAGGAGGGAGGAGAGGCCCUGCUGCUGCUGCUGCCCUCCGAGGAGAAGGGCAUGGUCGAGGAGCUGCAGGAGAAGAAGGUUCCCAUCAACAAGAUCCAAGUGAACCCAGAAAAACUGCAGAAUGUACAGCAGAAGCUGGAGGCCUUCCUGGCGCAGGAGAAGGAGCAGAAGGAGAGAGCCCAGCGGUGCUUUGUUUCCUACCUGCGCUCCAUCUUUCUGAUGAAGAACAAAGAGGUGUUUGAUGUGUUUAAACUCCAGCUUCACGAGUAUGCUCUGUCUCUGGGCCUCGCUGUGGCUCCGAGGGUGCGCUUCUUGAAUAAAGCUCAGGCUCAGAGAACUGCGAAAGAAGGACUGAGAGAGGAGGAGGAGGAACACUCUGAAGAGGAGGAGGAGCUGAGGAGGUUUAAAGCCCAGCUGAGUGGAAAAGUUCCUCACGAGUACAGUCAAAGCUCAGAGGACUCCAGUGAGGACGAAGGAAGCGGUAAUGAACAAGAUGUGGAUCAACCCAAGGUGUUACUUGUGAGUGAAGAUGACGAUCUGCAAGACUUGGAUCUGCUGACAGUCAAAAGAAAAGAUGUUUUCAAUCUGACGGGGGAGCAGCAGAGUCCGGAGGACUCUGACGAGGCCCCCAAAAAUAAAACCGAGAAGGAGACAAAGUACAAAGAAGCCAAAAAGAUCCUCAAGAGAAACUUCCAAGUGAAUACCAAAGUGACCUUCAGCGAAAAGGGAGAAGCCGUGCAGCUGUGGCCGCCGGUCCAGCGCACAGUGACUGCUGCUGAGGAGGACGAAGACAGCGAGGUGUCGGGUAUCAACGUGGAAAAGGCCAAGGAGAGGCUUAAACGGGAGGAUCAGGAGUUCGACAAGCAGGAGUACAGCCGCAAGGUGAAAGCCAAACACAGAGAGAAAAGGCUGAAGGCAAAGGCGGCCAGGCGGGAGGCGAGCAAGAGGGGCGGACCUAAAUCUGACGAGGAGGAGGAGGACGAGGUAGUGGCAUACUUGGCCAACGACAGCGAGGACGAGUUUGACCCCAGCACCCUGCCAGACCCUGACAAAGUGCACUCUGAGGAGGAAGAGGAAGAUCAGAUAAGGUCGGCUAAACGGCAGCACAGCAGUGACAACAGUGAUGAAGAGGAGGAGAAGGUCGAGCUCACAGCAGGGAAGAGGAAGAAGGUGAAGCAGCUGGAGGAUGAACACACAGCUCUGGACACUGGUCUCUCUCUGGCAGAAGACGAGGAGCUGGUCUUACAGCUGCUGGGUGGACGAAGGUAGAGAAGAGUUUCCAGAUAUCAUGAAAUCAGUGAAGUUUUUUCAGGAAGGUCAGCAGGUAAAUGAGAAAACAUCUGAAGCUGAAUCACAAUUCAAGACUAGAUAAUUACUGUGUUCACAUCAGAGAAAAAUAAAAUAAAAUUAAGGGCUUCUCGAGUGUUUCAGAGCUGCACUUCAUUAGAGUUGGCUUCAAGUUCCCUACAUUCCUGUUCGUCAGGACUGUGUGAGUGUGAUUUGAUCCAAUUUGAUUGACAAUAACCUAAUGAGAUGUACAUGGCAUCCAGGAUUUUUCCUGGCUCAGACUGGGACCACACAGGACAGUCAGCACGAUUAGUCAGAGUACAGUAAAGGCAGCAAGUGUUAUCUGACAGAAAUCAGUAAUUUUUGUGUUAUUUCUGACCAACUGAUAAAUGAAAAUGUCUAUUAUGCAUGAGUAAAUUAAACUCCAAAUCAGCAAAACUGGUUAAAAAAUGUAAUCGCUGUUUUUCUUUUAUAUUUUGGUGCCGGUGGUUUUCAUCUAGAGCCGACUAAAACCUCUUUGGAGUGUGAAAACUGUUGGGUAGAAAAUGGUGUUAACGUCAGAUCUCAUCAUCUACUGUCAUGGUAAACAACAUCUUUCAGAUUUCACAACUCCAGUUUGUAAUGUAGGCUUUCGGUGAUACAUUAACACAAGCUGAAACAACAUGACAAAGCUCAGUGAGAGUCACAGAAAACAGUGUAUACAUCACGGACUGCCAAUUUAAGCUGUUAUUUCAUAAUGCAUAACUGAAGAAGUUCCAUUCAAGUGGCAAAAAUGUAAACCAACUGUGGAUGAUGAAUCGGCUCCAAAAAAACCUCACCUUUUCCUUGUUCGGUUUAUGUCAGGUGAUAAUUUAUUGUUGAACAUCUCUAGACAGUUACAGUACACCAGAUGUGUUGUGACUUCUGUCCUCAAGUGGCCAAAAUAAUCCGUACAGACAAUGUCACUCACCCAGGUCGCCUGAUUGCAGUUUUUUGAGCUGACUGUGAUUUCAUCAACCAUCCGAGGCAUUUCCAUUCACUUGUGUAACCGGCUGCAUGAAAUUAAAACAAAUGUUUUAGAUUUAAUUAUUAUUUCAAUGUAGUUUUUUGUUUUUUUUUAGCGUUUGCUUCCUCUUCUUCAGCUGGGAUUUAAUUAACUGUUUAUCUUGAGGCUUUUACCUCCUAAUAUUCCAUUGGCUGCAUUUCACUGAGCACCUGUUGUCUGAUUUAGCAACAAAGACAAACAUCCCAGCUGUGAAAACGGAGAGCCCAGUCACUUGGAGGAGAUACUUUGCAGCAAAUAUUAUUUAAACACACCAAUGCCUCUAAUCUAAGACUAAGUGAAACAGAAAAUGAACAGAAAAAGACAAAUUGUUAAUCACAUUCAGUUGUAGGACAGUUAAUUUUCAUUAAUUAGUUAUUAUAUUAUGAUACUUGUCAAUUAAAGUUUCACAAUUGUGACAGCUGCAGGGCUGAGCAGCUCAGUUAUUUAACUGCAGGUGAGCUGAAGGGCAUUCAGUCUGAAUCUGCAGUUCACUGUCAGUUCCUCCUUUGUCCUUCUCAGAGUUGUUAUGUAUCAGUUCAUAAUCUUCCUCCUCAUCACAGAAACUGGUAGUUUUGUAUUUCAUGACAUGUAUUGACACAAUUUAACACUUUGCUUGUCAUAAUUUAAUGUCAGAGAAUGCAAUUUUGAAAUCAACCUUGUUAUUGAGUGAAAGUAUUUUUAGUGCUCAGUUCAGUGUUCUGUUUGAUGAUUUGAAUCCACCGUGUUCACAUUGGAGUAGAUUUGAAGGAUUAGAAAGUCAUGAACUAGUUCAUCCAAUCAGUUGUCGACUUGUUUCUGUCUCCCCAGUAGCUCUGUGUCAACAUAAUGAUUCAUAGAUCCAUACAGAUGUACACACACUGAUACAGUCUCUUAAAGGCAACAAUGGUGUUCCAUGAAGUUUAACUGAGUAAAGAAUGAAAACAAAAGAGGGUUAAGAGGGAAAUUCAGACCCUAAUUUCAAUUUAAUUUAAUUUCAACAUACCUGACCAAUCAUCGCUUAAAAUGAAGAGUCCCCUGCCAAAAUCACAUGUUUUCAUCUGGCCUGUAGCGCUGAAUGGAACUAAAGUUGAACAGUGAGAUGUAAAUCUACAUUCUGUAUGACAAGUGUGUCCAGCAGAUGGAGCUAAUAAACAGCGCGGUUGCUGCUGCAGAUCCUGACUAAGUAUUUCUAUUGUCAAGUCAGUUUUUUAUAUUUAUGAGACAUUCUAUGGAAUAGUUGAAUUUUAUUGUGACAUUUGAAAAGUACAUAUAAACAUGCUAAUAAAUAAAUGAUAAAUGACA